UCCUAUUUUUUUCACGGCCAACGGUUCACGGCCCCAUUCAAGUCAAUGGGGCCGUGAAAAACGCGUUUGCACACCCGUUUGUCAUCCGUGGCCGCGCCCGUGUCCGCGCCCGUUUUAUUUCAUACUUCUGACAUGGUCAAAUUGUCUGCCAAAACUUGUGCCAAUAAAUUCUUAAAAAAAUAGAUACAGGAAGUAUAUGGUCACAGGAUAUGGUAAUUUCGAGCCUCCUGUGCAGACAAGCUGGUGUGUGGUGAGGCAGCCAUUUUUCCAGUUUUCAGCAGCCACCAUGUCAAGGUUUAAUGUAGAAAAGUUGAUAACCCUGGUCCAGGAGAGGCCCGAACUUUGGGACAUCCGGGCCAACUCGUAUUGCGACCGGGUUAAAAAGGAGGCCUCAUGGGAACAAGUGGCCCGGAGCCUACGCAAGCAUGAAUGGGCCAAAGCGGAUAGCCGAGGUCGUGCUGAAUUAGUCAAGCAAACCAAAACAAGAUGGGCGAGUUGCCGCGACCAAUUCCGGCGAGAGGUUAGCAACAAAGGCCGGAGUGGGGAAGGAACCUCAAAAAAACGGGCCUACAUAUACACUGCCCAGCUGCAGUUCUUAAGGCCAGUAAUGGAUUUGAGGCCAACUGUGGACAGUCUGGAUCCCUCGGCUGAUUCCGAGACGUCUGGGAGUGAGACCCCUGCGGUUUUCUCCCCCGCCACAAGUCCUGCUCCCACGCCGGCUGAGGACCCCGAGGACUCCACCCAGAGCCAAGGCCCCCAACCACUAUCCAGUCCACCGCGGAUAGUUCAACCCCAGCCCAGACAUCGCCGCCGUGUCCCUCCCUCUUCCUCUGUGCCAGAGAGUCGGGAAGUAAUUGAUGCCCGAGUCAUCGAUUUUCUGGCCCAGAGGAGGAGUGAUGGCAAGGAGGAGCAACUAAUGACCUCUGCACAAGUCACAGAAAAGGCCUAG